AUGUCAACAAGCACGCCCGACACGUCGGUGAGCGUGCCAGACAACCAAUCUCCUUUUUUGGUGAGUGACUCGAGCUAUCAAAGCGAUGAAGGUGUGUUGGAGCGCGCCAGAAUACUUCUAGAGGAACACGCCCAUGACACACCGGGCGUGCAAGCCCUGAAAGAGCGUUUUCAGCGCACCACUGAUCCCGAGGACGUCUUAGCCGACACAGAACUCCAGCUGGACUGGGACUUGUACCGCGACGUGCCGGAUGCGAUCGUGCAGGAAGAGGCUUUGUUGUUAGACUAUUUCCGCAAACUCAAGUUUAUCUACUUGGAGCAAGAAACCAAGCUACGCUUCUUAGCUGACCUGCAAGAUGAUCCAGAGACCGGGCAAGAGCCGCAAAUCUUGUCCACGGCGGAUGUGGCGCACCGCGAGCAGGAGUGUAAGCGCGUCAAGCAACAGCUCGUGGAAGCCAAGACCAACGUCCGGCGUCUUCGAUCCGAUAUUGAUGAGGUGUCUGAUGCACUUAUCGAGCCAUGGGAAGCAGUCGAACAGCACACAUCAGAAGCCGCAUCUCUUCUUUCCGAUAUUACAGAUAUGGAGCUGGAGCUGGCCAAGAUCAAGGCGGCAGAAGGUACACAUGGCUCGCUGACGACAGCCGAGGCUGAGGCUGUCUGUGAUGAGCAGAUUCUCUCGAUGCAGGCCAUCGAUGACGAAACGACACAUAUCGUCCACGACAUGGAGGCCGCUAAAAAGGAGCUGUCUGAGGCGCUUCACCAGCUUGACCGAUUAAAAGCCGAACGGACAGCCGCUGAGAAACUCGCAAACGAUGCUCGGCUCGGUAUGGGUCGCGACCGCGGUCGUGAUUGGGAGCUCGAAAGACUCUGUGCCAAGCAUACGUCUACACUUGAUGCGCUGGAACAUGCGCUGGGUAUCACGCAAAUGUCCGCACCGCGUCCCAACGAGCUGCAUGUGGCCAUCACCCGGCCAGCUGCGAAGCGAUCACGUCGGUCUACGCGCUCUGCUCCCGUCGAGCACCAACGCACACUCGUCCUCCGCUUCAACGAGCCAGGUGGGCGUCUUGAACAUCUGGAGCUAUGGGAUGCCAAUGAUACCAAGCCACUGACAAUAGACGAGGAUUUGAGCGCACUCGUCAAAGAGGCUAUCCACACUAACCACGCCGCCGCACUUGUUCAGGCUGUUUGGCGCUCAUAUGCAUAG